AUGGCGCCGGCGGAAGGGGCGGGUUACCGCUGGUCGGUGAUGUCCCCGUCGAGGCUGGAGCUGAACCUGGUGCGGCUGCUGUGCCGCUGCGAGGCGAUGGCAGCAGAGAAGCGAGACCCGGAUGAGUGGCGUCUAGAAAAGUACGUGGGAGCCCUCGAGGACAUGCUGCAGGCCCUGAAAGCCCAGGCGAGCAAACCGGCCUGUGAGGUGAUCAAUGAAUAUUCCCGCAAGGUUGACUUUCUGAAGGGGAUGCUGCAGGCGGAGAAGCUGACCUCCUCCUCAGAGAAGGCACUAGCCAACCAGUUCCUGGCCCCUGGCCGUGUGCCAACCACAGCCAGGGAGCGGGUACCCGCCACCAAGACGGUACAUCUGCAGUCGCGGGCACGGUACACCAGCGAGAUGCGGAGUGAGCUGCUAGGCAUGGACUCUGCUGGAGAGCCCAAGCUGGACGUGAGGAAGAGAACUGGUGUGGCAAGUCCCAGGCCAGGGGAUGAGAAGCAGUCAGCGGCUGAGCUAGACCUUGUCCUGCAACAACACCAGAACCUCCAGGAGAAGCUGGCAGAAGAAAUGCUAGGCCUGGCCCGGAGCCUUAAGACCAACACACUGGCCGCCCAGAGCGUCAUCAAGAAGGACAACCAGACCCUGUCACACUCACUCAAGAUGGCCGACCAGAACCUGGAGAAGCUGAAGACUGAAUCAGAACGGCUGGAGCAGCACACACAGAAAUCUGUCAACUGGCUGCUUUGGGCAAUGCUUAUUAUUGUCUGCUUCAUUUUCAUCAGCAUGAUCCUCUUCAUCCGCAUCAUGCCCAAACUCAAAUAAAGACCCUGCCUGCGCA